UUAAACAAUAACUGAAACAACUUAAACAAUAAUGAAAUAUUACGCUGUUUUUCUGCUUAGUGCUCUAGUGGUAGCUGUAUGUUCUGAAGACAAAUUUUACAAACUUCCCGAAAAAUACCAGAACAUUAACAUCACCAAAGUUCUAGAAAAUGAAAGAUUGAUCCAAAAUCAUUGUAAUUGUGUUUUGGAAAAAGAACAUGCUAAAUGUAAUAAUGAUGGAGAACAACUAAAAAAAUAUAUACCUGAAGCAAUUGCUAACAAAUGUAAACGCUGCACUGAAGAACAAAAAGAAGCUGCUAUUGUGGUCAUCAAACAUUUAAAAGCUAAUAAUCCCGAAAAAUGCUUUGAUCAACUAGUUGCCAGAUACGAUCCCAAAAACGAACAUUCCAAAGAAUUAGAAGAGCUUCUAUCUUAAAGAUAAUACCAAAAUGACAAUAUUGUAUAUUUUAAAUAUUUAAA